AUGGCCUCAAAUCCAUUCAUUGUGUCCUGGUGGCCACUCGCACUGGCGGAUCAAGCACUGUUUCAUGUGUCACUACAGACUGCGUCUCUAUAUGAGGAGCUACAAGCGCAAAAGGGGUUUCCAAUAUCAGAUCUCCUCAUGGUGGACUCGAUUGCUCUGGUGAGACGAAGAAUCGAGGAUCCAUCGUUGGCCUUUCGGGACGAGACUAUGGACUCUGUCGUGACCUUGGCUGCCAUUGAGCAUGGAAAAGGGAAUAUUGAAGCCAGCAAGAUGCAUAUUGAGGGUGUCAAGAGAUUGGUGAGCAUCAGGGGCGGAAUCGACGAGCUGAAGCGACGGAGCCCGCUCACAGCGAGAAUGGUCUCAUGGGUAUCGAUGCUUGUCAUGGAAUCCCCCCAGUUCCCAACCAAGGAUGAUGCGGGCGAUGGAGACGGAAUCAGCGCAAUACCGCAGUGGCAGCUUGCCUCGGCAGAUGCAGAGGGCCAGCAUGAAACCUUGGACACGUCUUUGGACACCUUGAAAAUUACACCACCCAUGAUCAACAUCUUGUCUCGACUGAGAAGAAUACUCCACCUUACAUGGCACUCGAGCCUCGACAACACGCAGUUGCACGACCUCACCUGUUUCGUUGUGCACAGACUGCUGCUGCUGCCUCCAUUGACGGAUACAAAUGCAGAUGCAGACACGAACCCAGUGCAAUUGGCGGCUUCUGAGUGUCUUCGAUACGCGAUUGCACUGUACAUGCUCAUCAUACAUGGCACGACAUAUUAUUCCCACGCCGGCUUGGCGAACGCCAUCCUCCGCCAGCUCAGGUACCAUCUCGUGGUCUUACAAGCGGCAGCGGUAGCAUCGACAACCGAUUAUAUCCACGGCCCACUGGAUAUCUGGGUUAUCUCCGUGGGCAUGGUGGCCACCGCUAGCAAUGGUUUGGAAAGAGACCACGAGUGGUUCAUGGAUCAAGCGUGUGCUUCUGCAGCAGCUCUCGGGUUGAGCAAAUGGGACGACGUCGUCUCGCAUCUGCAGGUCAUCCUCUGGGCCAGGAUGCCGCAGGAAGAGCUUUUCCGCCAGGAAUGGGAGCGAGCAUUUGUCAAGAUGAGUGUGACAUGA